AUGUGCAACUCCGACUCCAAUUUAAAACGUGUCGUGUUCUUCUUCAUUUGUUUGGUUCCGUUGCCGAGUUUACUCGUCUCUUCCUUGUUGAUGACUCAAAGUCAAGAAGAACUGUCAAACGACAUUGCCAUUCAUGCAGACGACUAUUACGACAGUCAUCUGCACCAUCAGAUCCUAUUCCUUAACUACUUUAUUAACAAAUUUCGCCAAGAUUCGAGUCACAGAUCGAGAGAGUUGUACGCAAAAUCGAGCCGCUUCGGAAGCCCGUACUCUAAUGAAGAUGUCAGUGAUGACGCAACAUCCAAAAUCGAUUAUCCAGCAGCAUCAAACGCUGAUUACUCUAACGAUGUUGGCCCGCACCAUCAUCAUGUCAACGAGAAACCCAAUUGCGAAGAAGGUGAGAAAAAGAAAAAAAAGAAUGCCUGGAAUUACCUGUCGAAGAAAAAGAGAGCCAGCAUUAUUUUAGGGACGAUCGGUUUUGCUUUCGUCAAAUUGGGUUUCAUUUCGUUUCCGUCGCUGGUCGUCUUGGAAGACACGACAACAACAUCGACGACGUCAACGACAUCGACUACAACACCCACAACGACCACAACGCCAACAACGACUACAACGCCCACAACCACCACGUCUACCACUACAACAACAUCGACGACAACUCCGACGACGACGACGUCUACGACAACGACGUCUACGACAACAACGACAACAACGACAACAACGAUGAUGCCAAUGACGUGUUCGAAUCAAGUGACAAAUACCACGGGAGAUUACAAAACUAUUCGAACACCUGGCGAACAAAUGGAACAGUGUCUCUCCGUCACUGUACCGGCCGGCAGCAAAAUCCAAAUCACCUGCACUUCCAUCAACGUCUCCACUGGCACAUACGUCACCAUAUUAGAUCUAUCCGGGACGAGUGUAGUUGCAAAUCCGCCCAUCAUAAACACAGCGUAUACCACGGCGGACAAUACGAUGGUUAUCAAAUCGCUCGCCAGCAGUGCCAACGCCGAUCAGCUGUGUUGCAAUUGGAUUACAGUUUAAUUAAAACGUAUAUAUAGCAUCAAACUGUCAGUUGGAAUAACGACAAAGGGGGCCGCCAUGCAUAAUUCCUUAUAGGCCCACAAUCUCUCUGUUGUAUUUGGCCCUAAUGUUAUUACGACUCGCGUAACAUAACGACACUUGUUUAUAAUCAAUUUGACUUAAGAAUCGAAUCGUACGCACAACGCCCA